AUGGCUGCUACUUUCAUUGGCUUCUUCGGCCUCAAGCUCGUCCCUGGCAAGGUCCACCGUAUGGACGUCUCGCGUGACUUCAAGAUCACCAACGUCUCCUACGCCGAGCAGCCCAAGAGCGGCACCAAAACCCUCGUCAAGAUCCACUACACUCACGUGCCCGGCUUCGAAGAUGAGUACGACGAGGAUGAGGAGGAGGAGGCUAAGGAUGCUGAGGACGAGGUCAAAGUUGAGGAGAAGGUCUACACUCUUUGCAGCCUUAACGCCGCUAACAAGGACCACGCCGUUGUAGACCUCCAGUUCUGCCAGGAAGAGCUCAUUGGCUUCUCCAUCACUGGCGAUACUCCUGUCGAUCUCGUCGGUAACUAUGUUGCUCCCCCCGAUUACUACGAUCAGGAACCUUCGGAUGACGAGCUUUACUCGAGCGACGAGGAUGACGAGGACAACAUGUAUGGCCUUGACUCGGACGAAUUCGAUGAGGACGACGACGAGGAUGACGAGGACAUGGAGGAGGAUCCUGAUCGCUUUGAGGAGCUCGUUGAGUCGUCCACUUCCAAGCCCAAGAAGGCCAUUGAGGCUCCCGCCCCUGUCAAGUCCAAGAAGCGCGCCGCUGACAAACCAAUCAAGGAAACCUCUGCCAAGAAGCUCAAGGCUGAUGCUGCAACCGCUUCCGCUACCUCCACUCCUACCAAGGUCGAGAAGCAGACAAAGAGCCCCAAGGAAACCAAGCCCAAGACCGAGACUGUCGAGAAGCCCACCUCCAAGAUGACCACCACCAAGCUCCCCUCUGGUCUCGUCAUUGAGGAGAAGAGUCAAGGAACUGGCCCAGCUUGCAAGCCCGGACAGAAGGUCGGCAUGCGCUACGUCGGCAAGCUCACCAACGGAAAAAUCUUCGAUCAGUGCACCACCGGCAAGCCCUUCUACUUCAAGCUCGGCAAGGGCGAAGUUAUCAAGGGAUGGGACGAGGGUGUCAAGGGCAUGAAGGUUGGUGCUGAGCGUCGUCUCACUUGCCCGCCCAAGCUUGCCUACGGAAACCAGAAACUUCCUGGCCUUCCCGCCAACUCGACUCUCAUCUUUGACGUCAAGCUUGUCGAGAUCAAGUAA